AUGUCAGCAGGCUGCAGAGUCGUUCAGCCGAACGGUCAUCGCUCUACUCAAUCUCCGUUAAAGCAGCUUGUUACUACCACCGUUGCUUGUCUAUUUAUACUUUGUUUACUUGUUCUCCUAGGUACUUUAAAUGAAUACGAAUUGUUGAAAAAAAUGAAUCAGGCGACUGCGCAACGUUAUGUCGAUAUGACCAGAGUCGCGGAAAAGGUGAAAUUUUCGAUGAAGGAACUGAAUGACAAGAGUGAGUUAUUCGAAUCUGCUAGUGAAUAUUUAAGUGUCAGCAUUUUGUUGUUAUCACAAAGACUGCUGUAUUUUGCUUACAAUACAGAAUUUCUGUUACAUUUUACUUACGCCAGAGCACUGCUUAAUUAA